AUGCUCUCAAGACCAAGUAUCGAACGCGCUUGGGUAUUCACCCUGGGCCUUUUGGCCGGAGGCUCACUCGUGGCCGCUGCACCCUGCGACAUCUACGCUUCUGGAAACACACCCUGUAUUGCCGCGCACAGCACGACUCGAGCCCUUUACAGCGCCUUCAGCGGUGCCUUAUACCAAGUGAAGCGUGGCUCAGAUGGUACAACAACGUCCAUCUCGCCGCUCACUGCCGGUGGUGUUGCGAAUGCAGCAGCACAAGAUACCUUCUGUGCUGGCACAACUUGCCUGAUGACAAUCAUCUAUGAUCAGUCUGGCCGUGGAAACCAUCUCACACAGGCUCCGCCAGGUGGCUUCAAGGGCCCCGAAGCCAGUGGCUAUGAUAACCUGGCCAGUGCAAUUGGCGCCCCGGUUACAUUGAAUGGCAAGAAGGCCUACGGAGUCUUCAUGUCACCCGGCACGGGUUACAGCAACAACGCCGCCAGUGGUACUGCCACAGGCGAUGAGGCGGAGGGCAUGUACGCCGUGAUUGACGGAACACAUUACAACGGAGCCUGCUGCUUUGACUACGGCAAUGCCGAGAUCAGCAGCACCGACACGGGCAACGGCCACAUGGAGGCUAUAUACUUCGGCGACAACACGGGCUGGGGAUCUGGCGCUGGUAGCGGUCCAUGGAUCAUGGCUGAUCUGGAGAACGGGCUGUUCUCCGGUCAGGGUUCUGCGAACAAUGCCGGUGACCCAUCUAUUUCCGACCGCUUCGUCAGUGCUGUCCUCAAGGGCGGAGCCAACAAGUGGGCUAUUCGUGGUGGCAACGCUGCCUCUGGUAAACUAUCGACUUACUACAGCGGCGCACGCCCAACUGCUUCGGGCUAUAACCCUAUGAGCAAAGAGGGUGCCAUCAUUCUCGGUAUCGGCGGUGACAACAGCAAUGGUGCCCAAGGAACCUUCUACGAAGGUGUCAUGACGUCCGGAUACCCGACAGACGCAACCGAGGACGCAGUCCAGGCAAAUAUCGUGGCUGCCAAAUAUGCCGUCGCAUCUUUGACUAGUGGCACGGCUCUGACUGUUGGCUCUUCGAUCUCAUUGCGAGCCACCACGUCCGGCUACACUACGCGGUAUAUCUCACACACUGGCUCGACCAUCGAUACCCAGGUUGUCACUUCAUCCAGCACAACUGCUCUCAAGCAACAGGCUAGCUGGACUGUUCGCACGGGUCUUGCGAACAGUGGUUGCUUCUCGUUCGAAUCUAAGGAUACCGCUGGAAGUUACAUUCGUCACUCUGACUUCGGUCUGGUCCUUGGUGCUAGCGAUGGUACCAAGCUGUUCAAUGAAGACGCAACAUUCUGUCCGCAGACCAGUCUUAAUGGCCAAGGUAUUUCGAUCCGGUCCUGGAGCUACCCUACCCGCUUUUUCCGUCAUUACACCAAUACUCUCUAUAUUGCAAGCAACGGUGGUGUCCACACGUUUGAUGCCACUGCUUCAUUCAAUGAUGAUGUUAGCUGGGUGGUCAGCACUGGUUUUGCUUGA